AUGGAGGAGGACGGGGAUGUUCGCGGUCCGCUGUUCGAGCACAUCGUCUUCACCAUCAUUCCCGGCGACGAGCUGGACGAAGCGCUUGCACGCGACAUCGUGUCCGCCCUCACCGCCAGCGGAGGCGAAUACCAGCCUCUACGGGAAAGCGACAGCCACAUCGAGGACAUCGAGUCUCUGACGCACAUUGUGUCCACCCACAUCGACUUUCCCCAGUACAACCGCGCCCUCGAGCUGGGAACCUUCGUCGUGAAGCCGCAAUGGGUCUUCCAGAGCAUGAGGAGGAGGAAGCUGGCGUUCACUCGACAGUACAGCCCGGACCCGAGCCAAUUCUUCCACGACGUGAUCGUCACCACCGCAGACCUACCCGACAACGAUGCAGAAGCCAUCAUAGGCGGCGUCGUGGCGCUGGGAGGCCAGUUCUCCCCCAGAAUGAGCAAGCUUGUGACGCACAUUGUCACCAACAGCAUGGACCACCCGAGAGUGGAACUGGCCAAUCGAGCAGAUCCGUCCUGCAAGAUCGUACUGCCGCACUGGUUCCAGGCGUGUUUCUUAUUGGGCAAGAAGAUCAAUGAGAAGCCGUACAUGUUGCCGGAUCCAGAGAUUUUGCGCCGAGACAACAAGUCCGCGGUGCGUGCACUUGCUUCGCCUCACAUUGAUGGUGCCACCACUGCGUCGCCUUCGAAAGAGCCUUUUCCAUCUCCUCCACCGAGUCCCUCAUAUCUGCGAAAGACGCUGAACGCCUUGAAGGGACGAAAGUUGUUCCUUGCUGCCGACCUUCCUUUGUCCAACGAUCUCACUCAGGUGCUCACAAAGCUGAUUACGCAGAGCGAAGGACUGAUCGUCCGCAACGUGGACGACGCGGACAUAUACAUCGGUCACUGGCGCGAUGGACAAGAUUAUGUGGCUGCAUCUCAGGCCGGCAAGGAAGUUGCGAAUCUAACAUGGCUGUACCAUGUCAUCAACCGGAACACGUACACGAGUCCACUGAGGAGAGUCUUUCAUUACCCUCUACCUCGUGAGGGCGUCCGUGGCUUCGAAAAUCUGAAGAUAAGCCUCUCCAAUUAUUCGGGAGAAUCUCGAACCUAUGUUGAGAACCUGAUCCGCGCCUGCGGGGCAGAGUAUACGAAAACCAUGAAGCAGGACAAUACUCACUUGAUCACGGCUCACAAGAGUGGCGAGAAAUGCGAAGCCGCCGAAGAGUGGAAUAUCAACGUUGUCAAUCAUCUGUGGCUUGAAGAAAGCUAUGCAAAGUGCGCUGUCCUGAGCCCGACAAAUAGGAAAUACACCACAUUCCCCGCCAGAACCAACCUCGGCGAGGUGACUGGCCAGACAAGUCUGGACAUGAAAAGCGUCGAGCGCUACUAUUUUCCGAGGCCUCGCUCUCCGCAGAAGCCAGCGUCUAUCCAGAAGCCAACAGCUAAGAACAAGACGCCGGUCUCCGCCAAAACGCCGCUUAGAUCUCCCACUUUUGAAGCAGUCGAGACCGACGGUCCUCAGGCAGCGGACAAUGACGGAAUGGAAGUAGAUGCGGAGACGGCACCAUCGACCGCCAAGAGGCCGCGAGGCAGACCUCCAAAAUCAGCUAUUGAAACUCCCCGUCUUGUUUCCGAAGAAAAGGAGAACGACUCGCCUCUUCCUCCGAGCACUGGACGUGCAGCGAAGAACAAGGCACUGGACAACAUUCACGGCUCAGCUGCGGACAUUGCUCUGUACCAGAGAGAAAGCAAGCGGCCGGGUGGCGUUGUCCACGGCGGCCGCUUUCCACGUGCGCAAGAAUCAUCGCCAGCGCCGCAGCGAAAGAAGCGAGCUAGCGACGAGUACGAUCCGACUGGAAUCGGUAGCGACCUCAGUGACGGAGAGACGCAGGAUCCUCGUGCUAAGCAAGCGAAGAAGGCAAAGACGGCGACAGGGCAGACACUACCGCCAGUGGAGUACAAGAUGAUGGUGACGGGAGAUGAACGCUGGAAUAACAAUGCAAGAAAGGAGUCUGCAGAUAAGAUACUCCUGCGAAGCAUCGGAGUCCAGCUGAUUCAAGAUCCAAAGGCAGUGGAGAUACUUGUUGCACCGAAGAUCCUGCGCACCAAGAAAUUCGUAUGUGCGUUGGCCUCAGCGCCGCUUGUUGUCCACACGUCCUUUCUGGAUACUGCACUGAGCAAGAAGAAAUUGAUGCAGAACCCUCCGAUGCUCAAAGACAAGGAUGGAGAAGAGCGUCUUGGCUUCAAGCUUGCGGACGCUAUCCAGUGUGCGAAGGCAAAUGCGCGAAAGCUUUUCCGAGGCUGGACCAUAUUUGUCACAGAAGAUAUCAAUGGCGGUUUCGACACAUACAAGGACAUCAUCAGUGCCAACGGCGGAUCUGCGAUGCUGUACAAAGGCCGGCUCGGCGUAACCGUGACGAAGCGCCAGGGCCGUGAUGACCCAGACGCCGGUGAAGAGGCCAGUAACCAGGGCGAUGACAAUGAGUGCGAUUACGUGUACCUGGUCUCUGGAAAGACGGACAAGGAGGUGAAGCUGUGGAAGACCUUUCGGGAGAAUGCUUCGAAGCAGGACCUGGCGGCUCGCAUUGUUGCGUCGGAUUGGCUUCUCAAUGCCGCCAUGAGCCAGCUGGUCACUCUGGACGAGAAGUGGAUGUUGGACGAAGAUACGGUCAUGAGUCAACGCAAAGGUUGA